AAAGGUGCCACGCGACUGUCGUAAAAAAAAUUAGUCCCAGGGAAAAUGUCGUGAAGAGCGGUCGGAGGGGCCUGCGGCUGAAAAAGUGACCGGGACUGGCGUUCCGCACUUACAUGCCCCGUCCCGCGGAGGCCGCCUCUCCCUGCUGCUCCAUGUGGGGCCCGGUCCGGGCUGUCGGCCUCUCCUCCUCCUCCUCUUCCUUCUCCUGCUUCUACUAUGGCCCGGAAAACAGUUAGCAGGAAGCGGAAAGCGGCGGCCGCCGCGGGGCCCGGCGGGCUCCAGGGGGGGCAGUAUGGGUGGGAUCACUCCAUUCACAAAAGGAGAAGACUCUGCCCAGUGAAAAGGUCUCUGGUGUACUACCUGAAGGGUAGAGAGGUCAGAGUGCAGAAUGAGUCCAGCUAUCACCGCUUAUUGCACGAAUAUGCAGCCCAGCAGCUUCCCAGCCUUCUGAGGGAGAGAGAAUUUCACCUUGGAACCCUUAAUAAAGUGUUUGCCUCCCAGUGGCUGAACCACCGACAAGUGGUGUGUGGGACAAAAUGCAACACAUUAUUUGUAGUAGAUGUCCAGACUGGUCAAAUUACCAAGAUUCCUAUUCUGAAAGAUCGUGAACCUGGCAUGGUGAACCAGCAGGGAUGUGGUAUUCAUGCCAUUGAGCUCAACCCCUCGAGGACUCUGCUGGCCACAGGUGGAGAUAACCCUAACAGUCUCGCCAUUUACCGUCUGCCUACACUUGAUCCUGUCUGCGUGGGAGACGAUGGACAUAAGGACUGGAUAUUUUCAAUUGCAUGGAUUAGUGAUACUAUGGCUGUUUCUGGUUCCCGAGAUGGUUCAAUGGGUCUCUGGGAAGUCACCGAAGAUGUGUUGUCCAAAAGUGAUGCUAGGCAUAAUCUCUCUCAAGUUCCUGUCUAUGCCCACAUUGCACACAGGGCUUUGAAGGAUAUCCCCAAGGAGAACACCAAUCCUCACAACUGCAAAGUCCGAGCAUUGGCCUUCAACAACAAGAACAAGGAACUGGGAGCUGUGUCCUUAGAUGGGUAUUUUCAUCUUUGGAAAGCAGAGCACACACUUUCAAAGUUACUUUCCACAAAGUUGCCGUACUGCAGGGAGAACGUGUGUUUGGCUUAUGGUCAGGAAUGGUCAGUGUACGCAGUAGGAUCACAGGCACAUGUCUCCUUUCUGGAUCCCAGGCAGCCUUCUCACAAUGUUAAAUCCGUCUGUUCCAAAGAACGUGGCAGUGGUAUUCGAUCGGUGAGCUUCUACGAGCACAUCAUCACAGUGGGAACGGGGCAAGGUUCCCUAUUGUUUUACGAUAUCAGAGCUCAGAGGUUCCUGGAUGAAAAGCCCCAGCGUGCCUGCUGUGGACAGAAGCAGAAAUUGGGAGGAAGUGAAAUUCUGAAGUUGACUACUGGGAGAGGCUGGCUGAAUCAUGAUGAAACCUGGAGGAAUUAUUUUUCUGACAUAAGUUUCUUCCCAAAUGCUGUUUACACCCACUGCUAUGACUCGUCUGGAACAAAACUCUUUGUGGCAGGAGGCCCCCUUCCGUCAGGACUUCAUGGGAAUUACGCUGGUCUCUGGAGCUAAUAACUCUUUCUAAAUGAUGAUCUUAAGUUUUCCACUUUUCUUUUGCUUUUUUCUAACAACAAAAUUGCGUGAUGCCAUUGAUUUCUGAUUUAAAUGCAAGUUAUUUUUUGGCAGAGUUUUCUGUUGGUCUCCAACAGUUUUGUACAUCUUUUUGAACCAGUUUUUUGCUUUAAACUCCUUGAUCCUUUAUACGAAGGGUUUUUGAAAUCCCUUUUUGUUGUAUUUACUCCAAAUGACUCCUCCCCCACAGUUAGGCUAUCUUGGCCAUGUGCCCCCUCCCCUGCUUUGCUGUGAGGUAGGAUUCCUUUCUUACAGAGUGGUUGCUCCUGGGCUUUCUGUGAAAGUCUAGUGGCUGCGUGUGUGCAGGUACUUUGUGUCAGUUGUAUUACCUGGAGUGAGGACUACUUGUAAUUUAAAAAUAUUAAAAAUAUUUAUAAGAGAUAAGCUACUACUUUUAUCUGCAGAGUUUGGCCCUGGCCUGGGUUGAUCUUAUUUUUUAAAAGUACAAGUCUAAUUAUACUGUUUAUAUGUAGAGGAAUACGGUAAUUUUAAGCUGUACUUAUUGGAGCCCAGGGAUGGAUUCCCCAGGGGUAUUGCCCAUCACACCCAAUCUGCAGAAAUGCAGUUCUCAAAAGUGCAUUUGUAUUUGAAUUGUAGUUUUCAACAGUGCCAGGAGCAAAAAUUGAUGUUCUGUUCCUUCUCUGCCUGUCCCAGACAUCACAAGCAUAUCUUACGGUGUUUCACAAUUCUAUUUCCCUUGUGUGUUGGUUGUUUAAAUUGAAUCAGUUCAUGGUGCUGUGUGUGUGGCUAUUCAGGCUUUUUUCUGAAAAGGGGCAAAUUAUAUACCAUGGGGUAGCAAAGGAGCUCUUAAAUUUUAGAGUUGUUCAUUGCUUUUCAAAGAUGUUAUUAUGGUGCCUGUGGUGUUCUGUCAUGGCAGCAUACUGUUUUGGUUAUUGUAGGGGUUUUGAAAAGUGGAAGUAUACAGAGAAAAAUAAAGUCUUCUUGGUGAAGCAUGGCAGGAUGUGUGUUUCUAGGGUUACUCCUCCAGCUACUGUGUAAGAUCACUCUGUCACAGGGGACAUGUUCUGCUUAGUUGUGUUUUUUUAUUUAGGCUUGGUUUGAAGUGCAGCACUUUUUUUUUUUUUUUUUUUUAAGGAAACUAGACACUUGAAUCUACUUGAGUGUCCUCCAGUUCUGCUGAAACAAGAGUUACUAGUUAGGUGCUUUGUGUCACCAGUGCCAAAGGAGAACUCCUGAUUUGGAAAUCCCAGUCCUGAUGCUGAUACAUUAAUUGAAGCAUAUUCCAGAUCUGGGUGAGGGGGUAAAAGAGUAUUUGUAUGGACUGAGCUUCAGCCUCGAAACACAGGGCCUGAUUUUUCUGCAGAGUCAGCAGAGUCUCUAGGUUACUAAAGAGGCACCGCUGGAAAUUGUUCCUCUCUGCUGACUCUGAUCUCCCUGAUAACUGAGUACCUCAGUGUGUGGUCCUGAAGCCUGGUAAUGUGAUUGCCCUUUUCCUCCUGGUUUGUUGGUGGUUUGUUUUUUGGGGUUUUUUUUGCAUAAGGAGCUUUGGACAAUUCUCAGAAGAAUCUGGACAAUGAUGUAAAAUACCUCAAGUAUUACAUGCUUCUGUGUAUUCUGCUUUCAGCGUUCUUUCUUGCAAAGGUAUUUCUCAUGGGGCGAAGCCAUCCAUGUUGCUGUAUGAAAACCCUCCCUUAAAAAACUGGAAAUGAACUAAACAGUGCUGCAAGUGUGCAAACAGAUUGGGGCAGAUACAUCCCUGUGGUGGAUGGAGUUUAGCCCGGUGACUGUACUUCAGUAGCUGCCGAAUGGUUCACUGUGCUCUGCUGAGACCCCGUGGCAUGCACAUUUUCAGACUGUCUUUAUCUUUUCCAAUGUUCCUUAAUGUUUCCGUCCCUUGCACUUUCCUGCCCUUCUGCAUAUGGUCUGCUUGGGGUUGCCUCCACCACCCCAAAUCAUCCCAGUCUUUACUGUAACAGUAUUGUGCUUGCAGAGGUGACCUCUGAGCAGAAAUGGGCUUGCUGGCAUUUUGUCAAGCCAUGCCUGACACCUUCAAUUUGCUUUAUUUUAAACUGUGUAGAGCUUUGAGGCUGGCUCAGGCUGUAGAACUGGGCAGUUGCCCUUGUACCUGUUUGACUGGUGAGAUUACACAGUAACGGUCUGUUCCAGAGGGCAGUGGGGAGACUGGUUUAUCUCGCAUUGGGCACUUGAAAAAGAGAGGAUAAUUUUAAUUGUAACAGAUGUUCAGAAUUUUCUUCUUGCUGUUGACUUUUCAGUCAUGUGCAAUCUUUUGUGCAGCUGGUGAGUGUAGGAAGCAGUUAAUUUUACCAUUCAGCAUUUUUCAAUAGACUGCCAGGUUAAUUUGGGUAUCUUUGGUAUUACAUUUUCAGUAUUCGUAAUAACAGGUAAUCACACUAGUGACUUAGUCAUGGGUUUGGUAAUACCAGCCUGUAAGUACUGGGUAGCACCCCUCAGUAACGAUGGGAUGGACAUUCCUAAGGAAGCAGAAGCUAUGUUGCAGUGUUGGCUUGAGCGAAGCAAUGAGGGUGGUGCUCACCCUCAUCACCAAACAUCUUAUUCCUGGUAAUUCCUCCGGUUUUCUCCCUUGUGCUGUCAGAUCAGCAAGGGAGAAUCGCUAGUACUCUUGUCGGGUGCUUUCUGGGAUUGAGGUAAAAAAGUGAGUCUGUUUGUUUGGUUCCUUCAUCAGCACAGCUGGUGUUAGUCCAAGGAGUAAAUUACCAAAGAAUAGUAAAUAGGUGUUUGUUCCUAAACUAGUUGUUAAUUUUCAACAUAGAUCCAUUUUCAAGAUACAUUGCAAGUGUGCCCAGUCAUCUCACUGGACUUUUUUUGUCCACAAAGCUUACAAUCACAUUGUGGGUGACUCUUGUUGACUCCCUUAAUGAGGGGGACUCUUGAACUUCAUUAUGGGGAUAUAUUUGCUGCCUCUAUUUCAAGUAUUUGGCAGCUUUUUCUAUCUUAAAGUUUAUGAUACUUAUGUAUUAGUUAUUGUUCUCCAGAACUUUAUCCUUUUUCUUCACCUGAGUACGUGCUUUGUAUAUAGCUUGUAGCUGCAGUUAACAGAUUAAAGUUGUGAUCCAGCUAUGUUGA